AAUAGAUAGUGUUUAAAUUUCCAUGUUUGCAUAAGUUCUAGCGGCUGGCCAGGCUGGUUACUUUUUUCCUCAACAAGCGUCGCCGCUGUCUAAGAUAGAUCCAUCCUACUUCGUCCCACCAACCCGGUUAAUUAAUAUACGAACUUCGUCAUAAAUCCUACCUUUCGACUGUUUCUCUCUCUCUCCUUUCCCCUGACGUUCGUUUCUGCUAUUUAUGGCUUCUUGAAAAAAAAAGACAAUUACUCUACUCUAGAUUUUGUUUGAUCCCGUUGAUUUUGAGCACCUGCAAAGCUACGUCACCAUCGUGCAUCUGUACCGAAGGGUUGGAAUCGUUUUACCCUCUUGAUCUGCAAUCCCCCCCUAGCAUCAUCCCAACUAUUUUUCCAAACGAAAAGCAAACCAUAUACUCUGAUCCACCGCUAACUUGUUUCCGAACGAACGCUGAUCGACACCGUUGGAAUCUACUUCGAAUCGCGUUAUUGGGAACUUAAUCGAAAUAAGUUUGGCUUCGUAAAACUUUACCUCGGUUCAUUCUUCUAAUUGGUUCUUCUCCCCCCUAUCCACGGUCCCAGGGCCGAAUUACAACUCCCGUAAUUGUGGAUUUGACGAGACCGACGUCUUAAAGAUGCAGUACGUUCGAAAUAUCAGCGAUUCGGUCUCUACCGCUUGGAACUCGAUCAACCCGGCUACGUUGAGUGGUGCAAUUGAUGUCAUCGUAGUACAGCACGAAGAUGGUACUCUGUGUUGUUCUCCCUUUCACGUCCGCUUCGGUAAAUUCUCACUGCUACGACCCUAUGAAAAAAAGGUCGAGUUUAGGGUCAAUGGUGUGAAGCAGAACUAUGCUAUGAAGCUAGGGGAAGGGGGUGAGGCUUUCUUCGUUUUCGAAACAAACGAUAACAUCCCCCAAAGUCUCCAAACCUCGCCCCUUAGCUCUCCCGCUUCGAGUCCGCCGCUUGGACCUGACAGGUCAUAUUCAUCCAACGAACUGCAGGAGCCCGACUUUUUGCAGUUAGACAGCGAUUCUAGGACUGCGCCGUCUACGACCUCAUCGCAACCCAAACCUAUAAUUAUUUCUCGCCCAGGAGUGGGUGAACCCCAUGCGUCUUCCCCUGAGUUAGGCGGUGGCCGACCAGUUUCAACAGGAUGGCUAAAUCCCCCUAAUCAUCCGUCCUAUAGCGAAGAAUUACUACUAGCCCCUGCACAAGCGACCCACGAGAACGAUGAUUCGAAUAAUGACCUACACGAAGCUGAUAGUGCAAUUUCCCAAAGAUCACGAAGCCCGCCUCCUUUGGCUCCUCGAGAUGCCAUUCGACGAGCUAUGACUCUAUCAAAAGAGCUGUCCGCAGUCAAUAUUCCCAGCCGAGUCACCGAAACGGGCGAUCUCAUGUUAGACAUGACGGGGUAUAAGUCCAGUGAGGAAGAUGCAAUUAAAGCUGAAAUUUUGGCUCGUAAGAUAUUGUCGGAAGAACUUCAGGGCGACUACGAUAUUGGCGCACUGUUUGGAAUGGACGAGGAAGGAAACCUCUGGAUAUAUAGCAGCGAGGAUGCCAAAGAAGCUGCGAUGAAGAAAACAGUGGCAUCUCUCCGACCGUCGGCUACGCUUGCUAUUGACGCUGCUUCCGAUCCCGGAUAUCAAAGCGACGAGUCUACUACAUCGACAAGAGGACCGUCCCACAGGAGAACCGAGUCGGAUGUUGGCCAGAGUUACAUUCAGACACCUCCAACCACCCCCGGUUCAUCGUCGGCAGGAAACCCGAAUAGAAACUACGCGAAAACCCUACGGUUGACUAGCGAUCAGCUGAAGGCGCUGAAUUUAAAACCCGGAGAAAACACGAUGAGCUUCACUGUAAAUCGAGCCACUUGUCAGGCGUACAUGUUUCUCUGGAAGCAUGAAACGCCCGUUGUCAUUUCUGAUAUCGAUGGUACUAUAACCAAGUCUGAUGCUCUAGGCCACGUGUUAAAUAUGAUCGGGCGAGACUGGACACAUGCGGGAGUCGCGAAACUCUACAGCGAUAUUGUUGAAAAUGGCUACAAUAUCAUGUACCUCACAAGUCGUUCGGUCGGACAAGCCGAUACAACGAGAGCAUAUCUCUACGGUAUUGUUCAAGAUGGGUACCGCUUGCCUAAAGGCCCAACAAUUCUAUCGCCCGAUAGGACGAUGGCGGCUCUAAGGCGAGAGAUAUACCUGCGUAAACCACACGUAUUCAAGAUGGCGACCCUACGGGAUAUUAGGAGCUUAUAUGGCCCCGACAAUCAUUGUUUCUAUGCUGGCUUCGGGAACCGUCUUACGGAUCAAAUUUCGUACAGGACUGUAGACGUGCCAAGGAAUCGCAUUUUCACAAUCAACUCCAAUGCUGAAGUUUCGCUAGAUCUGCUAAGUCUUAAUAAGUUAAAGCUUAGCUACGUGAACAUGACAGAAGUCGUCAAUCACUACUUUCCUCCUGUUAGUACUCUGGUUAAGGGUGGCGGUGUCGAGUACACCGAUUUCACGUAUUGGCGAGAUACUCCGUUAGAAUUGGAUGAGUUCUCGGCUAGCGAGUCUGAGGAGCGCGGAGAUGGCGAGAGUUCCGCAGACGAGGAGGAAGACGAAGAUGUCGGAAACAUGGGCGACAGCUAUCUCUCGCGAGGAGACGAUUACGAAGAGGAUGAAGAUGCCGAUGCUGAAGGGAGCAUAUUUAGCGGCGAAUACGAAGUCGACGAAAACGCGAUAGGCUCCCUAGAGUAUGGAUCUGACGAUGCUGACGACGAGGAAGGCUAUCUGGAAGACGAGGAAGUUGAGGACGGGGAAGCGGAAGAUGAAGAAGCGAAAGACAAACAAGUUGACGAACAGGAUGUCGGCCUAAUUCCUCCCGAUUCUGGCUUUAAGAGCGAACCUGCUCUUCCGACGCGAGACGUCGACGCCGAACUAAUCACCGGAAUGAAAAACGUUGCUGUCGACGACGAGAUGAAAAAGUAGCGUGUCUUUGAAAUGAUACCGGAAAGUUAUCAAAUAUCACAAACAACUCAAACCGGCAAUGCAUGGUCUAGCAGGUACCUACCUAAUGAAGGCCGUCUUCAACUCGCGAACCUGCCCUUACGCAUCAACCAACCGCAUCCGCAUUUUCAUCAUAAGUCGGCAUAGAAGAGAAGAGAAGAGAAGAGGAGGGUUGAGCCUCAAGCAUAUUUAAGAGCAUAUAAAUCACAUCGUGUCGCGUUUAUCAUUGCAAGGGGCAGAUUGGUUUAUAUUUUUGUUCCCGCCAGCUACUCGGGAUGAGUACUUGGUGUCUUUUGGAUUGCAUAGCGUUGGCGUUUUUUUUUUUCUCUUUUUCUAAUAGAAGGACAAGAGGAUGGAUGAUAUACAUCUGUCAUAGACUACCUAAAUGUACCUAAUGUACAACA